AUGGUGAUGUUGAGAGAGAACGGAAGCACGGUGAAGAAGACGACGCAGGGCCGGAAAAAGAUCGAAAUAAAAAAAAUCGAAAACCUAAGCAACCGGCAAGUCACCUUCUCCAAGCGGCGCGUGGGUUUAUUCAAGAAAGCUAGUGAGCUCUGCAUCCUCAGUGGGGCCCAGAUUGCAAUCAUCGUCCACUCUCUCGGCAAGCGCGUCUUCUCCUUCGGCCACCCCACCGCAGAUUCCGUCGUCGACCGCUACCUCGGCGGCGGCGGAGGCGGCAGGGAGGCGCAUCUGGAGGCGGCGAAAACGCGGGACUACAACAAGCACUACUCCGACGUUUGCAAGAAGUUGGAGGUGGAGAAGAAGCGGAGGGAGGCCAUCGAGGAGGCGAAGAGGGUGGAGGGUUACGCCGCCGCCGCCUCCGGGUUGUGGUGGGAUGAUGCUGACGUGGAAGGGAUGGAUUUGGAUGAGCUGGUACAGUACGCGGAGGCGCUGGAAGAACUGAUGAAGAAUGUUACUAUGAGGGCAAAUGAUUUCAUGCUUAUGCGCAACUCGAACUCCUUGCGGCCGGUGGCGGCGGCCGGAGCUAAUUCAAUGGACAUUGCGGCGGCGGCGGCGUAUUCAGUGGAUGAUACGACGGCGUUUGGGAAUCAGAGUCAUUUGAGUGGUGGUUUUGAUUAUCAUGAUAAUUGCGGUAUUCAUCAUGGAUUUGGACAAGGGCAGUUUUGACAUUUGCGUAUAUAUAUGGUACUCC